GCAUACAGCUGCUGCGUGUGAGCCGCGCUUGGUGCGCAUUGUCAGUACUCAGUUCGCCAGUUGCCGCCGUUUGGAUUCCUGCAUCCUCAUACAUCGCCCCCACCGGACACAACCAACAGACAACAGUCCGUUCCCACAAGUCACAACCGCCAUAAUAUUGUUUACUGUUCGCGCAAUACCAACUGCAACCGCCCGCGUCCCGUCGUGGCGUCGUGUUUCAAAUAACUUCCAGACCGAAAGCCCCACCGCCGUCUCUUCGUCGAGGUACGAGGCACAGUCAGACGUCAAUUAAUUGUCGCCGGCCGCCAAUUGAUAACCGCUACGGCAACGACGAAUAUUAUUGUUGUCAAUAAUAAUCAAUCGUCCCGCUCACUACCCCGUUUGUGUGGGUAAUGUGUAUGCGUGUGUGUGUGUGAUUUGUAUGCACCUAUACAUAUUUACAUCAACAGUCGACAUAUGCAAUGAUGAUCAGUAUACGCAUCUAGCCGUCCAAAACCGUGAGUCUCUCCAGGUCGUUUUCACGUCUCCAUUGAUCCCGCCGUUGCAGAUAAGCGUUGGCGCGCACUCUCGUCGUCUGUCAUUCGUUGAUUAUUAUAUUAUAUUUAUGGUCGCGAAGAUGAAGCUGGUCGACAACGUCGUGCGCAGCUUCAAGGUGGCUAAGGUGUUCCGCGAGAACACGGAUAAGAUCAACAGCUUUGACUUCUCGCCUGCCGGCGAUUACAUCAUAUCAUGCAGUGAAGACGACCAGAUCGUCAUUUACGACAGUCAGAAGGGUGAGCUGUCCAAGACCAUCAACAGUAAGAAGUAUGGUGUUGAUCUCAUACAUUUCGCGCAUACUAAGACUACUGCCAUACACAGUUCGACCAAAGUCGACGACACCAUCAGAUAUUUAUCAUUGCAUGAUAAUAAGUACAUUCGCUAUUUCACGGGACAUGCCAAAAAAGUUGUGUCAUUAUGUGUGUCCCCCAUUGAGGACAUGUUUGUUUCUGGAUCAUUGGAUAAAAGUCUCAGAUUAUGGGAUUUGAGGUCGCCAAAUUGUCAAGGUUAUAUCAAUGUUAUGGGAAGACCAGUAGCAGCUUUUGAUCCAGAAGGUUUAGUGUUGGCUGCUGGCAUUAAUUCUGAAACUCUCAAACUGUUUGACGUUAGAUCAUUUGACAAAGGGCCAUUCAUAACUGUGAAACUUCCUCAAGAGAAAGAAUGUGACUGGACUGACCUCAAAUUUAGUCAGGAUGGCCGAACCAUACUUAUUCCUACUAAUGGAUCUUUAAUUAGAUUGAUAAAUGCAUUUAAUGGUACUCCGAUUCAGACUUUUACUGGUCACCUGAAUAAUAAAGGCAUUCCUAUUGAAGCAUCAUUCAGUCCAGAUUCUCAAUACAUAUUCAGUGGGUCAACAGAUGGUCGCAUUCAUGUAUGGAACGCAGUUACUGGCUAUAAAGUUUGUGUUCUCAAUGGUGAUCAUCCAGGUCCAGUACAUUGUGUUAAAUUUAAUCCUAAAUACAUGAUGAUGGCCUCCGCAUGUACAAAUAUGGCGUUUUGGUUACCUACAGUUGAUGAUGUAGCCAAUUUGGCAUAAGUCAAAUAUUAUUUAUUUGUGUGUGCAAUGUGCAUUAGACUUACAUUACUUAAGUACAAUGUACUUAUUUAAAGUUAAAACAUUUUAAUUAUUGAUUUUCCUAUAAUUUAAGUUAACUUAUUAACUUUUAUUCAAUUAUUUGAAAAAAAUAAAUCUAUUUAUUUUUUAUUUGUAAUUAUUUUUAGUUAUUGAGUAAACACUCAUUGAUGUAAAAGUCAGUUAUCAUUUUGUUUUAUUACUCCUUUGGAAUGCUUUAAUGCAUUCGACAAAUUUUGAUUUUUAUACUUCAUUUAAGGUUAUUUAUUAAUUAAGUUAUGAAAUGUUUAGAAUCAAUUGAUGUUUAUUAGUCCUGAUCUUAUAUAUUAUAUUAUUAUAUGUGUUUUAUAUUUAAGGUUAAGAGUUUUCUUGUAAAUGUCUAUUUCUUUCUAAAUUACUGCUGAGCGUCAUACUGUUACAACAUAGGUAUUAAUUGAUUAUUGGUGAUAUUUUAUUGAGCAAGGUCAAAUUUAAUAAAAUAAAAUAUAAAUGUAUAAUUUUUAUCUCUUUGACAGAUAUCUUUUUAACCGAGAAUCUUGAAAAGAAUUUGACAGGAUUAUCAGUUAGCGGUUUGACAUUCAGCAGUAUUAGCAGUGUUUUGAUACUUGCUAUUUUCCAAAUUGUCAUAUUUUUUAAAACAUAAUGCUCAUUGACAUUUAUGACCAGUCAGUACCCUAACUAAUGGUGCUUUAAAACAUUUACUUUUAAUUCAGACACAUAAUACCUACACUUAAUUGAAUCGUUUUUAAAUGUAUUAAAAAAAUCAUAAUUUAUUAUGUUUUAAAUAACUAAAAGUAAAAUUGAAUAUUUAUAUGAUUACUUAUAUCCAAUGAUUAACCAAAAACCUUGAUUAGCAGAUGAUUAAAGUUUUGAAUAAAUUACAUAUUUUAUUUUAUUAAAUAAAUAACUGUUGAAUUUAUGAUUACUUAAGAGAAUGUUACCAUAAUAUUUGUUUUCUUUCUCAGACACACGCGCGACAUAGAUAAAACGCAUUCACGUAAAAAUGUUUUUGUGAUUAUUAAGUAAUUUUAGAGUAAAGUCGCCUACUGCAAAAGUUAAAUAAUUAAUAUGUUAUACUGUCAAAAUCAUAAUUCCCUAUAAUUUUUGUGAUUGGUAAUUUAAUUCAUAAGAUUAUUCUAAAACAUAAAAAUUUAUUGUGUGAACACAUUUUGUCUAUGUCAGAGAGAAAAAACAAUCAGUGCACUAACGUCUAACAACUUCAUAAGUAAUUUUGAUGUUAAAACAAAUAAAAUUUGACUAUGAAAAAAAACCUAGUUUGUGAAUUUAAUCAGUAUCACACUCUGUGACUAAUUUUUUUUAUUAUUUAUAACAUAUAUUUUAAAUUAUUAUAUUAUAACAAUUCAUAAAAUAAAUAACAUUUCAAAUGAAAUUUAAUGAAAUUUAAAUUAUCAAGUAAAAACUUUAAUCAUAGAGUUUGUUUUAUCCUUCACUGCUUAUGUCGUUUAAAAUUGUAAAUAAUCUAAACACCAUUCUAAAUUGUAUGUUGUAUUUAAUAUGUAUUUUGUUAAGAAGACGCCACGCAUCGAUUUGCUAUCUGUCAGUCAGGAUCUUUUAUAUAUCAUUAUAAAUUUAAUUUUUUUAGACAACACUGAGGCUGUUAGGUAGGUUGGAUGCUAUUGAACCAUCUACUUUUUAUCUAAUGUUAAACUAUUGUGUAUUAAUUAUAUUAAUACUUAAAAGAUAAUACUCUUCCCUAUAAAUUAAAUCAUAGAUCGGUUUCACGGACUAAGAUAUAUAUUAUAUCUUAGUCCGUGGUCAGUUUAUAACUAUAAUAUACUGAGUUGCCAGUGUAUUAUACCCGUCGUAGAUAACAAGUUGAUAUGUGGCUGUCCUCUGAAGUAAUAAAAGUUACUAUUAUUUUAAUAUACAACUACUAUUAUUUAUUAAUUUAAAACUAUUUAUCAAAGUUUAAGAGUUAAAAAAUUAUAUUGACUGCAGAAAUUGUGGAACAUCAGCGUUGUAAUAAUUAACUUGUGUUAAUAUUAUAAUAAUAGUUUAGUACUUAUGUUUUAAUUGAUAUUUAUUUUGUCAAUUAUUUAUUUUAAAGAUUUUACUGUAUUUAUUAAUGCAAGAAAGGAAAAUCUUCGUGUUGAAUUAUAUUUGAAUGAAAACCAUUUUUUUAAAAUAUUUUUUUAUGGUAUGUUGAAUUUUAAAUUCUGAAUAGUUUAUCAUUAGAAGUAUAAUCAUUUUUAGGCCUACAAUUUUAUACAAUACUUUAAUUUUAUAAGUUAAUAUUAAAUAUGUAUACCAGAUAAUAUUACCUAAUUAUUUAAAGGUAUGGAUGUUAAAGUUUAUUAUUUUUGAAAGUUUUUUUAUUUAUUUAAAACCAAUUUUCUUGGAUGUUGUAAUUUCCCAUUAAAUUAAAUAAAAAAAUGUAUACAUUAAUAUAUCAUAUCAUGUUCUUAACAUAAUAUAAAUAAUAAAAUAAUUUUAUGUUAUACAAGCAAAAAAGAACAUAUUUGCUAAAGCUUAUAAAAGUUAUAAUGUAAUAACUAAUAAUCAUUUUCUUUGCUGUUCAAAUUAUUUUCAAUGUUUUUAAUUUAAAGUUGUCCUAUGAAUAGGCACUAUUUUGAUAACUCGCUGUUAUUCAAAUGAAUACAAUAUUAUAUGUAAUCAGUUGAUGUAAAACUUUUCCAAAUUUCCGUUGGAACGUAAUAUUACUGGUCGUUUAUUAUUAAUUAAUAUUCACCAAAAACAAAAAUAAUA